UUGAUUUUAACUUUUCCGUAGCGUCACUUGUCUCCUGCAUCAUACUACGAUGAUUGAUUGCCCAGAGACUGGAAACGGGAGAGGAGAGGGAAGAAUGGAGGUUCAGACGACCUCAAAAAGCUUCGGCAAGAAGAGAAGGGAGCGCUACUCCUGUAGUUUCUGCGGGAAGCUGUACCUGACCAAACAAGGGCUAGAACUCCACCGUCCCUCACACAUGGGCAUCAAACCGUUCAUCUGUAGCUACUGCAACAAAGGCUUCUCCCAGAACGGAGUUCUCAAGGUACACAUGCGAACACACACGGGAGAAAAGCCUUACAGCUGUGACAUGUGUGGCAAAGAUUUCAGCUGCAUGUUUUAUCUCAAAUCUCACGAGCGCACUCACACCAACUCGAAACCGUUCAAGUGUCAGCACUGUGGGAGACAUUUUACUCAGCUCUCAUCGCUACAAACUCACCUCAAGAAGAAUUGUAAAGAGCUCUAUAUAUGAUCAUUCUGUAGACAUUUUGACUUCGAUUAAGUUCCAACAUAGUGCCAUAUAAAUAUAUAUCAUCAACAUUUUACACAUGCUUGCAAAUACGUAUAUGUGAGAACAUUUCACAGUAGAUGUUACAUAGCUUUUUAUAUACAUUAAUUUUUGAAGUAGAAAAAAAAAUACAUAUACAUUGUAGUUGCAUUAUUUUGUUAGAAAUUUAAUUGCAUGCACUAUAAGCUUUAAGGAUAGAGUAUUCAGAAUAAUUUUUAUAAUGUUUGAAAAUAUAAUGGAAAACAAUGAAUGAAUAUUUCACUGUAUUUAAAAUAAUUGAAGUCUUCCAAAUUUCGGCAUAUUUGUUGAAAGUUGAAAAAAAAAAGAGGAAAUUGGAAUGGACAUUUUCCUAAAUCUUAGAGAAAUAUUCUAGUCUCCUGGUCAGUUAGCGUAUUAGAAAUUGACAGUAUAUUUGAAGCUAUGGUGGAGCCUUAGGUCUUUCUGUAUAUCAAGUUGUUUUAAAAUGCUGUUUUGUGUUUUAACAGCUAGUUAUAAAAUCAUUUUGGUUUUUAUUUGAUUAUUUUUUUAGAGAUUAAGUAUAUGUUGUAAAUCAACUUUUAUUAGCAACAGAUUAAUUUUGCAAUUUACAUGAGACUGAUUUUUGCAAUAUAAAUAUAGGAACUGGGAAAUGCAGACAUUUGAAGACUGGUUUAACGGCGAAAAAUUUUCCUGACCGUGAAGCUCUUGCAAACCUAGCAAAAAUUUCUAACACUCCCCCCCCC